UGUGAGCGCGAUUGAGGACACUGUGAGGGAUGUGGAAGAAGCGGGGAGGGGUAGUGAGGAAGGAGGGGAUGGUGUUCGUGUUUCUAUGGAAGAUGUAGAGGUCGAGGGUGCGAGUGCGAUAGUUCCGACUCCGAUGCUCGGACACGAACAUAACCCUUCCUUAUCCCAGCCCCUAUUCUCCAGCUCCAGCUCCAGGAAGGCUUUCCCACCAAGCGUCCUGAAUCCCAACUCCACUUCCUUCCCGUCUUCGCCUCCUGCGCCUGCACCUCCGUACGCAGUCCAGUUCUCGGGCUCGUCAUAUGCUCCUCAUGACAAUGGGUUCCCGUAUACUACCUGGCUUCCGUAUCCUCUUUCUUUCGACGGACACGGACACGGACACGGACACUUCAUGCACCCCGCUCAAGCUCACCCCUACACUCAUUCUCAUUUCGCGUCAUUUCCCAGGCCCCCAGAUCCUCCGUCCACUUCCACUUCCACUUCCGCCCCUGCUCCCUCUCCAAUGCAUCUUAACGACCUCAACCCCGACCUCAACCCCGACCCCGACCCAUCCACCUCGAGCUCCCAACACGGCCUUCCUCUCCCUGUCCCUUUCCCUUUCCCUUUGACUUACUUUCAACCCUCGUACAAUAACGAUAACGAUGAUCAUGUUCCGGCGACUGGACUUGGACUUGGACUUGGACAUGCGCAUGCGCAUGCGUUCUAUGGGUUCUUGUCGAGUCUGGAUGUCUUACCGCCUGCGCCUUCGCAGCUCUUACAGGGACUUCCUGAGAAUUUACCGCCUGCGCCUUUGCAGGUCUUACAGGCACUCAGGCUCCCAGAGCAUCUACCACCACCACCACCUCCUCCUCCUCCUCCUCCUCCUCCUCCUCCUCCUCCGACGACGACGACGCAGACUAGAGAACUCAAGACUUCUCAGCCGAGGGGCUCGGAUGGGAGAUUUAGGUCUGUCGCGAGGGGGACUGGGGUAGGUGCUGGCGGUGCUGGUGGUGCUGGCACGACUUUGACGGUGGACGAGGAAGAGGCGAGUGGGGGUAUGCAUCUAUCGAGGUCGGAGGCGCAUCUAUCGGGCUCGAGCUUUGAGAAUGGGGAAGAUGCACGUACAUCGCCUUCUGCGCCCGUCCCGGCAUCCCAUCCCUCUUAUCCUCAUCCUCAUCCUUCGUCUCCAUCUUCACAUUCUUCCCCUCCAUCUUCACAUCCUUCUCCUCCAUCUUCACAUCCUU